GCGGAACUUUACAUUUGUAGUUCUUUAACGUAAAUUCGCUUCAAUGGCGGAGGUCGCUGCUGCGGCUGGUGCAGUUGGUCCCGAUGUAAACACAGCUGGAAACCCAACAGAAAUCGCUAUGGCGUAUUUACAAGAUGAGAAGACUGAUGGAGAAAUCACAAACCUCAACCUGGGAGAACUGGACCUCACCACUGAUGAGUUCAUCUUGGAUGAAGUGGACAUUCAUAUCCAGGCCAAUCUGGAAGAUGACCUCGUGAAGGAGGCGCUCAAAACGGGCGUUGACCUCCGGCAGUACUCCAAACAGGUGGAGUCAGAGCUGCAGAGGAUUGAACAAGCCUCCAUCAAAGACUACAUCAAGGAGAGUCAGAACAUCGCUCUGCUGCACAACCAGAUCACCGCCUGUGACUCCAUACUGGAGCGUAUGGAGGGCAUGCUGAGCGGCUUCCAGAGCGACCUGUCCUCCAUCAGCAGUGAGAUCCAGACUCUGCAGCAGCAGUCGGUCAGCAUGAACGUCCGGCUGAAGAACAGGCAGGCGGUGCGCAGCCACCUCAGCCAACUGGUGGACGAGCUGGUGGUGCCCGGAGCCAUGAUCUCUACCAUCCUGGAUAGUCCUGUGACAGAGCAGGAGUUUCUGGAGCAGCUCCACGAACUCAACAACAAGAUCAACUUCGCCAAAGAGCUGAGCUUCAGAGAGACACUGGCCUGCUCCGACAUCCAGGACAUCGUCGACCGCCUCAAACUCAAGGCGGUGUCAAAGAUCCGAGAGUUCAUUCUCCAGAAGAUUUACUCCUUCAGGAAACCAAUGACAAACUACCAGAUCCCACAGAACACUCUGCUGAAGUACAGAUUUUUCUAUCAGUUCCUUUUGGCCAAUGAGAGAACAGUUGCAAAGGAGAUCAGAGAUGAGUACGUGGACACAAUGAGCAAGAUUUACUACAGCUACUUCAAGUCGUACAGUGGCAGGCUGCUCAAAGUGCAGUAUGAGGAGGUUGCAGACAAAGAUGACCUUAUGGGAGUAGAAGACACAGCCAAGAAAGGUUUCUUCUCCAAACCAUCUCUGAAGAGCAGGAACACCAUCUUCACUGUGGGCCAGAGAGGAGCCAUACUGAGUCCUGCCGAGCUGGAGGGGCCCAUCCUGGUUCCACACACAGCUCAGAGAGGAGACAGCAGGUAUCCCUAUGAGACGUUGUUUCGCAGCCAGCACUACGCACUGCUGGACAACGGCUGCAGGGAGUACCUCUUCCUCUCUGACUUCUUCAUGGUGGCAGGAAAUUCCGCCUUUGACCUCUUCAACAGCAUCAUGGGAAAAACGCUCAGCAUGUUCCUGAAGAGUAUGUCCACGUACGUGUCCGACUGCUACGACAGCAUCGCCGUCUUCCUCUGCAUCCACAUCAUCCUCCGGUUCAGAGCCAUCACCGCUAAGAGGACCAUCCCUGCUCUCGACAAGUACUGGGAGGCGGUGUUGGAGCUCCUGUGGCCGAGGUUUGAACUGAUUCUGGAGAUGAACAUCCACAGCAUCAGAAACACAGACCCUCAAAAACUGGGAGUACUGGACACCAGACCACACUACAUCACUCGUCGUUACGCUGAGUUCUCGUCGGCCAUCGUCAGCAUCAACCAGACGUUUCCCAACGAGAGAACCCACACUCUGCUGGGACAACUACAGGUUGAAGUGGAAAACUUUGUGCUAAAGAUGGCGGCAGAGUUUCCCUCCAGAAGAGACCAGCUCAUCUUCCUCAUCAACAACUACGACAUGAUGCUCAGCGUCCUCAUGGAGAGGGCAGCAGACGACAGUAAGGAGGUGGAAGGUUUCCAACAGCUGCUCCUGGCCAGAACUCAGGAGUUUAUAGAAGAGAUUCUGUCUCCGCCCUUCGGAGGGAUGAUCGCAUUUGUGAAGGAGGCCGAGGCUCUGAUGGAGAAAGGGCAGCUGGACCGACUAAAGAACGAAGAAGCUCGUAUCACUCAGCUGGUUCGGGGUUUUUCCAGCACGUGGAAACAGUCGGUGGAGUCGAUGAGUCAGGACGUCAUGAGGUCCUUCACCAACUUCAAAAAUGGAACCAGCAUCAUACAGGGCGCUCUGACCCAGCUCAUCCAGUACUACCAUGGCUUCCACAAGAUCCUGAACCAGCAGACGUUCCGCAGCCUGGCUGUCCGCUCGGAGCUCAUCAACCUGCACCACCUCAUGGUGGAGGUGAAGAAGCACAAACCCAACUUCUAAUGGGGCGGCUUCAUCAGCAAAACCAGACUGCUUGUGUAUUGACACACGAACAUGACACUCCUCCCUCCCUCUCAUCAUAUGAAGAAGUCAUAUUGUACAUUUAUUUUGGAAAGCGUUAACAAAGCAGACUUGCUGCAGGUUCUCUCCAGCUGUAGAUCAAGUCGUAUCUUUGACCAGUAAGUGUGGAUAUGAACCGAGUCAUUGAAUGUUUCUGUUUAAUUUAAUUCAUCUUUAGUGGAAUGUGGGGAAAAGCAGAAAACCCCAAUAAUAAUAAUAAUAAUCCAGCUGUGCAGCCACUGCUUGUCUGUAAAACAGAUGUAUGAGUUAUUUUAAGAGUUAUGAUCCUGAAGCUUUCAGUCGCUGGUGGUAACUGCAGCUGUGUUUUACUGCAUUAACAGUGGAUCCAAUUCCACACAGUAACAAUGGAUUCCCGUCUGUGAUGGCAAUUUGAAUCUAGCACAGGAAUGUCAGACCCCGCCUCGAACAAUGAAAUGAAAUCAAAUUGUGGACUGAACAGACGCGGUUAUGUUCUUUUCUUUGGGAGGAAAUCAUAAACUGAUCAGAUUUGAUUCAUAACAUUUAUAAGACUGCACUAGUGAGAGAAGCUCUGUGGGGUUUGUUAUCCAUCUGUGUUGCAGCUUCACUUCACCUCAGCACGUGAGACUGACCGUUAAAGGCUGAAGCUGUCGAGCAGAACAUGCAUCAGGCUUUGACACACACAAUACUUUACGUUACUUGAUACAUUCAGUGUUGGUUUGACUGACUAUAAGAAGAAUACAGAAUAUCACUGAUCCUUUAAAGAUGUAUUCCUCACUUAGUUGUAACACACUUAGGGAGUGAAUCUUGAAGUUCUUGUGUGCCUUUUCUCAUUUCUGUGUGUGAAGUCAUUCCAGUCUGUGGGGUUUAACAAUAAAUAAUGGAAAUACGA